UCUGUGACAUUAUGCUGGGAUAAACCAGCAUGAUUCAUGGCUGGAGAGACACUCCCAGCUGGAGCAGAUAGAAAUCACUCGGUGCUGACCCUUGUGAAGGGCAGCAUCGGCCCCUCGGAGUGGAAAAGCUGCUGGGAAUAAGAGGAGAGCUGCAGCGGGCACAUUCCUUCCAUGACCGAGCAGCGUGGCUGCCGCUGGCCCCGGCAGGGAGGCGAACCCAGGGCCGGCAACCGGGCACCGGGACUGGGCACCCACCGGCCGGGCUGUACCCCCCCGUACCCCCACCCGGGGAGCGCACCGGGGGGGUCCCCCCUCCGCCGGCUCUGCCCGCGGGGCGAUGGAAACCCCCUGAAGGACGAGCUGGGAAAGACAGCCGACAAAGGUGAGUUUUUUCGGCCGCCGCAUGAGUACGUCCUUGCCCGGCGAUGGCCUCGCAGCCCACGCCGGCGUGGGUGCUGCUGCUCAGCCUGCUGGCCGGCUGCGUGCCGGCCGCGCAGCCCCGGGACUUCACCGUGAAGGACAUCGUCUACCUCCACCCUUCCACCACGCCGUAUCCUCGUGGAUUUAAGUGUUUCACCUGCGAAAAGGCAGCAGAUAAUUACGAAUGCAACCGAUGGGCUCCGGAUGUCUAUUGUCCAAGAGGUACAAGAUACUGCUUUAGCCAACAUAUGAUGAAAGUUACUGGAGAGAGUGUCUCCGUCACCAAACGCUGCGUACCAUUAGAGGACUGUCUGUCUACAGGAUGCACAUAUGUAAAGCAUGAAGAAUACAAGAUCUGCACCUCCUGCUGCGAAGGAAGCAUCUGCAACCUGCCCCUGCCGCGGAACACAACAGACGCCGUAUUUACGACCCUCUCCCCCCUCAACAAAACCCAGCGGCUGUCACAACCCGUCCUGCUGACAACGGCGUGUCUCUGGCUGGGGCUGAUGUCCCAGCGCUGGGGGACGCUGCCACGCGCGGCGGGUCCGGACAGCUGAGCCAACGGUCGGUCAACCUCUCCGGUCUUUGGGGUUGUCUUUGAGAGACUGGGUUUCCUCCUCAUUCGUUGUUGAUGACGAACUCGCGAGCCUGGGAGGUAGACGUGGUCGAAGCGGGUAAAACCAUCACGUGCUUCUCUACUGUUUUCUCAAGAAACUCACGCCAAGCGUUCCCAGAAUCCACGGCUGAGACUGACGCAUACGCUUUUCUUAAUGCCUGUCUUUUUCUCCAAGGAGAAACGUUAUUUAAAAGUACUAUAUCCCUGCCGGCUGCUACUAUCACCACUUACACAUUUGAAACUUUCUCGUUGUAAUUUGUCACCGCGCUAACUCUGGCGUCUCGUUAACCUGUUUUGAGAACAUAGGGUAAAUAAUGUAUAGUCGGUAUGUCUUUGCAGUGUCCCUCCUCUCCUGUAGCGAGGCAGCAGUCGCUGGAAGGGAUGAGGUCAAGGGAGCAGGAGCAGCUUGGAUCGGGCCAGCGUCGCACACAGACGCUUCCUCUCAGAUCCUUCUGGAUUGAGAUGCUGGUGCCUGCCGAGCCAACGGGUUCCCAGUAUUUCAGGGCUUUAGGUAUUUUCACGUUUUGGCACCUAGUCCUACAGCAUGAGAGUGUGUCAAUCCUGACUAGCUUCUGUUAUUUUAUUUAAUGCGCCUCCGCUACGGAGUAUGGACUACUACUAGCUACAGCUGUAUUUUGGUGACCUGUUUUGCUCGGAAAUCAUGUAUGCAAUAUUUAUUUUUGUAUGUUGAGGAGGAUCUAAAGUGUUUAAAAGAUUCUUAUUACUGAUAUUGCUAGGCAAAAUGGUUGUUUGGCAAGUGGGUAAGCCUGUAAUAUAUAAAUUAUCAUAAAUAUAUAUAUAAUGUUUUGCAUCACUUUUAAAAAAGAAUCAACUUUGUUUUGCAAGGUCAGUAAUAAAAGCAGGGUGGCAUGGACUUGCUUUAAAGUUAAACCAAACUUUUUUAUGAUUAAUUUUUUUUUUUUUUUUUUUAAAACCCACUGUAGUCAUAAAUUGUUCUUUAAUGAGCUAUUUUUUGGCUACUCAUGCUCCAAGAUAACUUGUGCUUUAUUGAGUUACAGUAUGCUUAUGCUCUGGAGUGCUUUUUUCAGUGAGCUAUACAGUGAAACGCAGAUGAAGGAAGCCAAUGCUGGAAUCCAAAUGCUUUGUAAAGGGCUCCUAGAGAGUACCGGCAAGCCCUCAUCUACCAGCAUCUGUCUUGGAUACCAUUAAUGGUGAGAAAUCUGCAGAUUUGAGCUUUGGGGUGAACUCUGCUUGCACUCUGGGGAGUUUUAUUGGAGGCAAAGGAGGAGGAGGACCAAGAGCAGCACUUGCUCCCAAGUUAGUUUCAGGUGAUUUCUCUGGGGAAGGAAAACAGGCUGGAAGCCUUGGUGUGUUUUGCUGGGUGAUGUUUUUUAAAAAAUGUAUAUAUACAUCAUUGUGAAAAUUGAAAUUUGAACACUGUUUCUUUCCUAUUUUUAACUUUAUAUAUAGAACUAACAUUUUUGAGGAAAGGCUGGCUGACCUCACUCACAGACAAACCUUGCAUUUUGCUGUCCUUUCAGUUCUUCUGUGACUUGCUCACAGAUCACUAGUAUUAAGAGGGCAGUUGCAAUGUAUUAUUAUUUUAUGCAAGUUAGACCUAUCUUUGGAGACCCUGAAAAAAUCAACCUUACAGUCUUUAUAAAGCCUGUCCCCCUCCUCUGCAAGCUCACUUAAGCAGAGCUAUGCAAGGUACUUACGGGUUGUGGGAGAACGCAGUGCAGGGUGUUACGACUUCUCCAACAGCAAUUUAAAUAUUUAUCAUUAUUAUUAUCCUGUGAAAUGGAAGAGUUUAAGUCUGGAAGGACCUUGUUCAGUGGUUCAGCUACUCUCCUGGGGCCGGGGUUGAACAGGUUUGCUGAGCGUUUCCACAGCACUCUUGUGUCGGAGCAGGGCUGGAUCCAGGACACGCUCUUUGAGAAGACGUGUCGGAACGCCAGCAUGAUGCAGAAGCAUGGGAAAUCUGGGAUUAGACACGAACGUCUUGCUUAUCUGCUCAACCGAGGUGGGCUCGAGGCUCAGGCUGUGUUGCACAUGGCCAGCAGUAGCACCUCGUGGGGAGCUCCCCGCCGUCUCGGGGCUCACACGCUGGUGGUGUUUGCUCAGCUGGACUUUUUAAGGAUUUACUUUUUCACUUUGGGUGUUGCUGUUCAACAUGUGCAUUUAGGAGUCACUCAGUAAGAUACCUAACCAGCAGCAAGAAGCAGAUGUUACCUCCCAACCUGAGCUGGCUGCCUUGGUUGAUAGCUCACAGUCAGGUUUCUGGCUUCUCUGUAUGUCACCUCCCCCUAUUUUCCAUAUAUUUUGCAGUUUCAUUGUUAUUUAACAAGUCUAACCUGCGGUAUGGUUAACUCUGAGCUAGAUAUGUAUAACCACAUGGGCUGAGCUGCAGGAAUGGCCGGAUUUCUUCAUAAGCUGUUGGAGAUUCAGGACCACUAGAAGCGUGGUGCCUGCAGCGUGAGAUGACAUGGGCUCCAGCGCCAGCUGGCUCGUCCUGUGCACUAACAGAUAGGAUCUUCAUCCUCUGUUUAGGUGGACCUCAGAUGGACCAGAGACUUUUUUGGGUACCUGGUAGUGCUCUCUACCUACAAAGACUGGGAUGCCACUGAUCAAAUUAAGUUAUCAGCAUUGUAGAGGUAUUAAACCAAGGCAGUUACUUCUACUCCUCUUGCAGUCAGUGGAGGAAAAAAUGGUAUUUCAGGGGCUGAUUCACUGUAAGCUAAGGUAGAUGGUUAAAUUGUGUUAAUUGUGCAUGUGCCUAGAAGAAAAAGUAGCUUGGAAAUGAAUGCUGCAUCCCACCUAGAGCAUCCAGCUGCCAGCUACGUGGUUAUGCUGUAGACCAGUGCUUUACAAAUACCUGAGCAGGAGCCACUCCUAAGCACAUCACCAGGCUUGCUGUGACCGUGACGUCGCUGUAGAUGGAGAAAAUCCUGGUUUCUUGUGCUGUGCUGGUCCCUCUCCCCCACGGUUGUCCCCUUCAAAAGCGACCUGAGCACUGUCCAACUGAGCUGCUGCCUCUGGUACAAGCAUUGUAGACCUUGAGCUUAAAAGAGCAAAUUAAGGUGACUGAGAGCAAGUGGGGAACCUGCACAGGAUCCUCCCUGCACCAGCAGGUCCAUGUGCCCGGGCUGCCCGCUGAGCUGUUGGGGUUUUUUAAAAGCACAUAAAUGCUGAGCUGCACCAUAUUUAUAUAUGUGAUAUUCCUUUUAAAUGUCUCAUUUUUUAACUAUUGUAAAUGCUGUACAUUUGUAUAAAUAAAUGUUUUAAAUAUUCA